CACAGUUCAACAUUUUCCUGGCAAGUCCAUAAUUCAUGGAGCUCAGCCUCUCAUCUUUCCUCCUAUACUUUUCCCUCUCCUCUCUCCUUCUCAAACUCUCAGCUCAAACAGAAAAUACUGCCCUCCCGGGCACCAUCGAGCGCGCCGUUAAGCAGCAAGUUCUCGUCGCCAUCCCGCCCGGCGAGCCGGCCACCUUACCACCAUUCCUCACUUCCCCUACAGGCAAGUACGCCGCCUCCUUCCUCCGUACUCCGACGGCUCCUGGCGCCGGUGGCUUCGGCAACGACUUCUGCUACAUCCAAGUGACGGACACCGCCACCGGAGAGAGCGUUUGGGAGUCGGAAUGCACGCCGGUGAGCACUUCCAACACCUGCUCCCUCGUCUUCUCAGACGACGGACUCGAGAUCUUCGACGGGAGCAACUCGGCUUGGAACUCCGACGCGCAGUCCAACGGAGGGAACCCACUGCAGAGCCUGGAGCUGGUGGAUGAAGGGGACAUGAGAAUACGGGAUAAAGAAGGGGAGUUGGCGUGGAAGGCGAGCGAGGACCCGCGGAGUAAUCAGAGGUGUGGUGAGGCGGGGUCGCCGGGUCUGGCGGCGUCUGUGCCGCCGUUUGCGCAGCCGGCGGGAGGGAAUAAUGGAAUGGUUUUCGGGCAGCAGGCGGGGGGUGGGGCGAGUGGGGGUUAUGGGUUUGGCGGGCAGAUGGGGGCGGGAAGCGGCGGUGGAAGGAAUGUGAGGGUCGGAGUGGAGGUCGGGUGGGUGGUGCUGUUCUGUUUUAUGACUUUUUGA